GACCCCUUCCUCAAACGCUUCCCAAAUCCCAAUCUCAAAUUGAUCAAUCGAAGCCUCUGUGUCUAUCUCGAGCUUUUACCAGAUAAAAAUGGUUGCUGAGGACGGAGAGGAUGAGCGUAGAGCCAACCUGAUCUUCACGUACGGGACGCUGAAGCGGGGGUUCUCCAACCACGCGCUAAUGCAGGAGCUGAUGCAAACCGGAGACGCGGCCCUGGUGGGAACCUACCGCACCGCUGAGAAGUUCCCGCUCGUCUGCGGGCCCUACCGGGUCCCAUUCCUCCUCAAUCUCCCCGGGUGCGGCCAGCGCGUGCUCGGCGAGCUCUACGCCGUGUCGUUUAAAGGACUCGCGAGAAUGGACGAGUUGGAGGGCACCACGCGCGGCCACUACGAGAGGCUCCCCAUUCAGCUGGAGCCACAGCCGCACGAGAUUCAUGUUGAUGGGGACGGCGAUGAUGAUUUUGCGAAUGCUACGCGCGCGGAGGCGUACUACGCGCACAGGAGCUACGCGAUGGAGAUGUGGAGGAAGAACGGGAAGAAGGGGCUGAGCGGGUAUACGGAGAGAGAGGCCAGAGGUUAUGUGAAGCGCAAAGAAAGGCCUCAAAACCUCUCCUUCCUCGACCACAUUCGACUCUUUCUCUCUGAUUGAUCAACAACAUCAAAAAAAGAAAAUUAUGAUUUUUUCUUUUCUUUUCUUUUAGAUUUUGUGUUUGUUUAAUAUAUCCACCAAAAUGUUCCCACAGAAGGAAGUAUGCAAUUGCGUAAUCCACCAGUUGGAUUUGUUUGAUUUGGGAUGAUGAUGAUGGGUUUAAUUUGGUAUUAGAUAUUGAUUUAAAACUCGAUGUUCGCUGUUUUUGUAUUUAUUAACGCUACGAUUGAUU